AUGUGCGUAGCUGAUCGAGUUAUGGAUGGAGAUGUUCGAGCCUUGUACAAGGCAGAUAAUGCAGUUGUCGGUAGACAAGUUGUCGAUAGUCCAUCGGAUUUACCAGCAAUUCAAGCAAAAGAUACAGACGAAGCUCCAGCUGAGAUUGGAUGGUCUCAACAGCCAAAGUCGGUAGAAAUUGCCAUGAAACGACGAUUACAGUGGAACAAUUUGAUGGAUAUUUUGGAGCAUGAACGACUACACAAGGCUUUGAUUCGUAAAGUAACUAGGCUUUGA